GGGUUGAAAUGCACCGGGGGGACCCUGGGGAGGUGGGAGGGGAACAGAGCCCCAGGGCCUCAUCCUGCACCCUCCUGGUGCGGGAGAUUUGAACUACACAGAGUAAUGCAGCGGGCAGUGAUCUCUGGGCCAGGGCUGAAAGGUCUCGCUCCAUGUUGAGCGCUGCCCCAAAGAGCAAACGUCGCCUCUUUUGGUGAUGUUUUCUCCAUUUUUUUUUUCUUUUUCCUCCUCCUCUCUUUUUUUUUUUCUCCUCCCGUUUCUUCCCUUGUGAGGCCACGACAGUGACAGCCCCCCCGGCACCCCCAUGCUGAGCGUAGGGUGCUGGGAGGCGUGGGGCAGAGGGGUUUUUCGGGGCCAUCGGUGACAAGAGCCGUGCCGUACCACGUUGGGGACCGUGGUGACAUCAGGCCAGCUCCGUUCCGAGCCGUGACCUCAGCCCCGGGCAUCACACGUGUGGCCCCAUGGGCACAGCUGCAUGGUUUCCUGCUCAGCACCACCAGGACACGGGGGGUGGCUGCAAGGUCCCCAUCCCCGACAGCUGUGGCCGUUGGGCUCGAGGGCUGGGUGGGCACGGGAAAGCACAAAACUGGGCAAAUUUCCCCUGUUUGCUCACUCCGGGGGGGGGGCUCUGCGCUGAGCGAGCAGGGGUUGGGGUCCUCUGGUCCUGCUGCCACUUGCUUUUUGGUGGGAUCGCUGCAUGGGCUGGGGGCCAGGCAUGUGAAAUGCUUCUCCCAGGGGACGCUCCGUGCAUUUCCUGGAAUGGGAUUUUCAUAACGCAUCGGGGGGCUGGGGCUGCACCCCCCCCCCCCCCGUUCCUGCGAGUCCCCUGCCCUCCUGCACCCCACAAAUCGGCCUCCCACACUGGGCCGGCCCCGGCAUCUCCCUGCUGCCCGGGCACUGUCCUUUGGGAGAAAAGCUGGGAGAAGUUGAGCGAUGAGCACGUCCUGGGGGCACUCAGGAAGUGUGUCAGAGGCCUUAGAGCAGAGUGAGAGAGGGUGAAACGAGGAACAGUUGAGGCAAAGGUCUUUUUAGGAGGGAAGCCUGCAGGAAGGCUGAUCCUUUGGCACGUGCUCGUUAAUAAAGAUAAGGCUCCUGUGCCAUGUCAGAGGUGUUGCUAAAUCCACGGCCCAGGUGCUAUCUGCUCCUUUUAACCCUUUGUGGCCUCCUACAAGAGCGAAAAGUCAGAGUGGAGGUGAAUUGUCCUCUGGCUGAGUUAGACACUGCUCCUAGUGCCCUGCCGCCUCCCUGUGCCCUUCCCCAAGCCCUGGAGGACCUUCGUUUUCUUCUGCCUUGGGCUGUCUUUAAGCGUCUGGGUGUUGUAAUCCUCCUUCGCACCCUCCCUGCUCUCUCCUGGCACAACAUUCUCAUAACCAAGGGGAAUGGGGCAAAGCAAAGGGGCAGCAACCAGGAAGCAGGAGGAACGAGGGCUCUGGGUACCGGAGAGGCUGGGCUGAGGCACUGGCCCCAGCAGAGGCGGGCAGCCAGCUAGCUCAGAAAUUCAUUUAGUUUGCAGGAGUGGGACUUUUGGGUCCCAUCUGGGAGUGGGUUGCAGCCCCUCGGCACACGCAGGGGACGAGGACACGGCUGCCGGUCCCAGAUGUGCGCAGGAGGCCUGCGGUGCCCCGCGGUGCGAGAGAAGAAAGCGCUGCAAGAAACUAUAUUGAGAGGGGAAACUGAAAAUGAAAGUUCCUCUACGGCCCCAGUCGCAGCUUGCAACACUCGCUUCCAAAGGCUUUGGCAGACAACAAGUGCGAAGCAACACAUGAGUCAGCUGCGGCGCAGGCUCCGGAGUUGGGUGUUCCCCCAGACAUCCUUCAGAUGGAGCAGUCGGAGCCACAUCAGAAAUUCACGGUUCUUGGUGGUUGAGGUUUGGGCAGAGGCAGUGGGUCCAUGUGAAAUCAACAGCCCGUGCUGUAAAAGCUCCGGAGGCGAUUAAACUCCGGCUGGACGCGUCCACGACCAGCACCGUGCUCAGCGCAGCCUCGGGCUGCAGCACUGCGAGGCACGGAAGGAAUUCCUCCUGCUUUGGUUACCCACAAACGGACAGAGAACUGCUCCCAGUCUGCUCUUGCUUCCCUUUGAAGCCUUCAGAUGGGAGGUGGGCUGCGACUUCAGCCUCGCUGAGCGUGCGUCUGCUGCUCCAGGCGCUCGCCGAGCUGCCCGUGCCGCAUCCGUCCCUCCUCUGCUCCGCAGUCUGGCUCCCUGCCGCCCCUGGUCCUCAGCAUGUUUUCAGCUUUUCCUUGGAUGGCGAUGUACGAGGUCGGGGAGGAAAAGGGAAAUCCUGUCCUCGGAGGCGUGUAGGAAAAAACAGCACCUCCAUCUGUGUGUCACCAGGGCUCAGAGUCCCUGGCUGCAGAUAUGCAAAUACGUGAGGGCUUUCGAAGCCAGGCUGAUAAACUUUGCAUUUCCAGCCCCUCAUCCCACCCUGGCUGGAUACCGCACUUCACAAUCUGUUUUAUGAUCUCCGUUUUUCUCUUCUGAAUAAUCGAUGUGAGGCUGUAAGCUUGGCCCAGGUGUUGCACUCCUAAGCUUGAUGUAGGUGGUUAUUUAUCUGCAACCAGCACGUUUUUUUUUCAGUAUUCAUUUUUGGCCAGAAUAUGAUUUAAACGUUUGGGUGUCAAUGUGUCCUCACAAAUUUAAAGCUGGUGCAAAUCAGAAAAACCUACCAGCUCAGCCCUAUAGAAGGCCUGGCCUAGGAACAUGUACUGGCAUGCUGAACAAAAGGCAAGCCGCCGCCGUGAUCUAACCCCGACCUAAGCAGGCGGCCUCACUUCCUUCUCUGCACAAACCGGGGGUGAUGUCAGUGUGAUGAGCAGGGGGUAAAAGCUGCUGCUGAGAAAUUUGCAGAGCCCUAAACACAGGUAAAGCUGAUCCUCCCCAGCAUCUCUGCGAUGGCCUCAGGGAACGACGGAGACCCACCGGGGGCCCACGGACGCUGGGGCAGCAAUGGGCGCAGGCUGUCACAAGAGCUCAAUUCAGAAGACCAGGUGGUUCAGGAGACCGAGGAGGUGUUUCGGAGCUACGCCUUCUACCGCUACCAACAGGAGAGAGAAGAGAGCGGGGAAGAAGUGCCCUUGGACCCGGAGAUUGCGGAGAUCCAGCAAGAGCUGGGCAGCACCGGGAGCCUGGUGGGGAGGCGCCUGGCCAUCAUCGGCGAUGACAUUAACAAGCGGUACGACGCCGAGUUUCGCUACAUGCUGAAAUCCUUGCAGCCCACCAAGGAGAAUGCCUACGAGUACUUCACCACGAUCGCCUCCAGCCUGUUCGAAAGCGGCAUUAACUGGGGCCGGGUGAUCGCGCUGCUGGGCUUCGGCUACUGCAUGGCCAUCCACGUCUACCAGCACGGCAUAACAGGCUUUCUCCGCCGCAUCGCCCGCUACGUGACGGAGUUCAUGCUGCGCAACCGCAUCGCCCAGUGGAUCGCCCAGCAGGGAGGAUGGGUGGCUGCACUCGAUCUGGACAAUGUUUACAUGAAGUACAUGCUGGCGGUGGUGGCCCUGGUGAUGGUGGGGCAUUUAGUGGUACGACGCUUCUUCAGGCCCUGACCGACGUGGGGGCAGAGGCUGAGGGGUCCGGCCAAGCUCUCUCUCAAACCUCUAUCCUGCAUUGACGUCUCCCAGGAGGGGGGGGGGCGGGAUUUGAGAAACCUCCAGGGGGGGAGAGAGCGCAGCUUGGACCCGUGACCCUCCCGCUGCAGGAUGCGGGGUCUCUGCCACCCACGGCGAUGCCACCAGGAGCUACAGAGAGAGGCAGCAGGGGGGAAGGUUUGACUUUGGCUGCUUUAAGCCUCACUGUGCUGAGGACAGAGCAUCACCGUGACUCCAGUAGCCCGCAACAGGGAGGCAGGAGAACAGGCUCCUCUGGAGGAACAAAAGCAUUGUCGCGGUAACGCCGGCGUGGGCGUACGUGUGCGUGUGUCUCAUGUCUCGUCCACUCUGUGCUGAUCCUAAGACACUCCGUGGGGUAGGCGCAGAGCUCCCCCGUUGCUGCUGGCUCUAGCCCAGACCUGCAUUCGAAGAGGGAUUCCAGCCUCGGUUGCUCCGAGCAUUGGUUAUAAGCCCCUGGAGGGGUGAGCCAGCAUUAGAAAGCCAUGUGGUGCUUGCUUUCACCUUCCCCUGCUCCUGAGCCCGAAUACUUGAGCUUUCCCUUUCCUUUUAGCAAGCAGCCCCUACCCGUUUUUAUAGGAACACGGUGACAGGAGCACAACCUGUUAUCUGACAAUCGAUGGCAGCAGCCAGCAGUGCUGGCAUGAGCAGACUUUCCCUGCCACAGCCCAGACCCCAAACCUGCAGCAUCCCAUGGCCGAUGCUGGUCCCAGGGCUGCAGUCAUACCUCGCUGCCUGCACCCCAGCCCUCACAGGAGUUCAGACACCGUGUGCCAGCAGGCCUUGGGAAGCAGCAGGUUUCCAAACACUAAAAAGCUGUGGGGUGGUGACUCGGGGGUGUGCAGGCAGCCUGCCCUCCCUCCAGUCUGCUGGCUGCUUCCAUCCAGCACACUGGCACGUGAGCAGCCCCAGUACGACCACUUGGUCCCCUUGCUCUCAGUGGGAGGCACUGGUUGCAUCUCUUUCCUGCACGGGCUCUUUGAUGUGUCCUCUUUGAGCCAGGGCUGCCACAUCAGGGCUGCGGGGGCAGUAGGGCACAGCACGCUGCCCCGGCAACCUAUGACUUUUUCAAAGGAUUUGACCUUGUUCUUGACUAAUGCUUGAACAUGAGUUUUGGGGGAGGCAGGGAUGCAAGCAGGCACCGCUCAAUCUCCGAUCUUUCUGACUUUUACAAAGUAGGGAGAGCAUCCCAGUGCGGAUUGCACGGUUUAGCUCUGUCUGCUCUUUUUAAUCCAGGUGACUCUGUAAGUCUUGAAACUGUGACUGGCCCUGUCUGAGCCAUUCCAGCAUCACCGAGCUCCUAGAGCAGCUCAGCCAGCUGGGGGAGGGAGCCAGGGGGACCUCGGAGGUAGGAAAUGAGCCGUGGACCCGUGCCUGAGCUCCUCUCCUGUCACAGAGGGAUCCCUGGGCUGGAGCAGCACCACAGGUGUAAGCAGCCUGAGCCUGCUGCCCACUGGGACCACCCCACAAUGGCUGGACCUUGCCUGGCUUUGCUGCUGCAAAACAGGCUGGGGACCACGACUGCCCUUGCUCGGGCACAUCCCCUUGGCAGGGGGGUCACCAUGGCAGGGCAGAGCCCAGCUCACCCGCAGCCCUGCCUGGGGUCACCACGGUGGGCAAACUGGGGACAGAGAGAGCAGCCCUUCUGCCCCACCAUACCAAAGGUGUUCCUGGCAGACACCUGGCUGUCGUGUUUUUAAAAACCUUCCUCUAUCACCUCGCCGUGUCAUUAAUUCUUACCUUUGUCUUCAGGUGGAUUUUUUCCCUCAAUGUCUCUCCCUUGGGACUACGUGUCCUGUCAAAGCACAGACAGAGGACACCUGGCAGCCUUCCUCCUUGCAGCUUAGCAGGACCAGCCAUAAUUUUGUAUCACUUAUGUCCCUCACGUUCCUUUUUUUUUUUUUUAACGAAAGAAUAGCAAACUCUUUGGCCUCUCUCCAUAUCCGUCUUUCUGUGCCCAUCAUUUUCUGCAGCAUCCCAAUCCCUGGUGGAGUGUCCUGGACUGUACUCCCUAAAAAGGCAUUAAAAUAUUUGCUAUAAUAUUCCUCUGCUA